UACACAAGUCGACUACGCGAGUAAUUCAAAAGGAUCGCCAUUUUGAGGAAAAAAAGGCCAACCUUCAGUCUUUGAUAUCUAUAUAACAGUGUCCACAGGUCAAUAUUUUCCGGAAAGGAAUGAUUUAACCAUGCAUUGUUAUUAUCUAAGAAAAUGUUUUUUUUUUAAUUCGCCCUCAGAUAUAUCUGCUUCGAAAUGGCGGAAAGUUCAGAAACGACAGAGAAAUGGCGCUACGUGAUUGCUUUAGGAAAGUUUGUUGUUCAUAUGAUCUACCCCGGUAUGACGAAAGCUAUUUCUGUUCUCGUUCCCGCCAUGGUCUUCCAGUUUCAGAUGAAUUACACAACGGUUGGAUUUCUUGUUCCAAUGCAGCUUGGGCUGUUUUAUAUUGCCUGUCCUCUGAGUAAUUAUUUAGCGACAAAGUUUGGCCAUCGUUGUGUGUCAUCAAUUGGCGGGUUCUUAUCAGGAGUAUCUAUGAUGGGGGCCUUCUUCUGUCAGUCAGCACUCUCUCUGGGAUGCUCAUUCUUCUUUACAGGGUUAUUCUCGUCGUCGUUAUGCCAAAGUUCAACUGUUAUUUUGCGUGAACACUUUGGGGAAAAGUAUGGCAUGGCCAUAACCUUUACACAAAUGGGAGGACAGAUUGGAGGUAUCAUUUUCCCUUAUACAGCUGCUCUGUGUCUGGAAGCAUACGGUAUGAGGGGAGCUCUGCUCUGUUUAAGUGCUAUCUUAUUCUACCAAGCAGCGAUUGGCGCCACUUUUAGAGCACCUCGGCCACCUGCAGUCAAAAAGAAGAAACGACAUAACUACGGAGAGGAUGGUGACGAGGGAUCGACUCUAUUGCAAGAUCAAGAAGACGAGACCUAUCUUCGAAAGAACAAACUUCGAACUGAAAGUCUCAAUACUGACGAGGGGACAAGCGAUGAAAGUAGGAUUCGAAAAGACACGGAAUCUCAAAAAUCCAAUCCGACAGGAAACUCGAUUGCAGAAGUGUUAUCAUCAAUUUUACCUUUGAGUCUAUUCAGAGAGGAAAUCGUCUUCACAUUUAUUUUUAUCCCUUGUCAAAUCAUUCUUGAAGGAUGUUUCGCCAUUUGGAUCACUUUCUCCUCAUCGUAUGGAGUGUCAGUCGGUCUCCAUGAGAAUGAAGCAGUAUAUCUCCCCAUGAUUGGUUCUUUGGGUGGCAUCAUCAGUCGACUGGUACUCUUAAGAAUCCUGUACAAAUAUCCAUACCUAGCACCUCACGCUUUCUCAGUCAACACAGGAGUAUCAUCUAUGGCGCUGCUGGCACAUCCUAUUAGCUCAUCGCUGGUUCACUUUCUAAUCUGUUCAUUUUUCGUAGGAUUUGGAAUUUACGGUUCAACCUCUUCCCUCUACGCUUAUUUAGCUAUGAAAGUAAAGAAGGAAAACUUUCCUCUUGCCAUGGCGACAUCUUUCAUGACGAGUGGAGUAAUACUUCUUACAUCCGCAACACUUGCAGGUAACUUCUUUGAGCGCAUCAGGUCUUUCAAAACCAUCUUUAUAGCGACCGGGGUCGUUCUCUUGAUAAAUUUUGGAGUGUUUUCUGGUUUCCUCUUCGUUGAUACUUUCUUGAAACGACGCUCCUCCACAGAGAACAAAUAAUGAACGUCAUGGAAGUUAAAAUGGCUUUAAUAAUGAUGGAGAUGAUGGUUGACCGAUCAGACCAGGCUCGGUUCAUCCACUGCUGCAUAUACAUUAGCCAAUAGCUAUCAUCUGUUUAUAACUUUAGAAAACAGGGAAAAUGUUUUUAUCAUGGAUCGAAUCCUAGACUUGGCACGAACAUUAAGGAUUACACCAAAAUGUGUAAAUGUUCAAUUCAAUUCAAUUUCCUUUUCUCAGUAUAAAAACAACAAUGUAGAUAGUACAAACAUGACAUAAAUCGAACAGAGACAUAAAUCAAGUAUUUUUAUAGUGAAAGGGUAGCAGCCAAAAAGAAAUUAACCUUAUAUACGCCGACCCAAAUAAAAUAACAUAGUAUUUAAUAAAAAAAAUAAGCAGAGAAUGUCAAAGAAUUACCUAACUCACCCAUACAAACAAAACAAUCAAAAUAAUAAUUAAGUAAACAAUAGAAUAAGUAUACAGUGAUGACUUGGUAUUUAUAAUUCCUCCUGAAAACAUCAAGAGAGCAACUAUCCCUAAUUUCCUUUGAUAAAGACAUAGUAUUUUAAAUUAAUGGCCCCCUAUAAAAAAAUGAAUUUUUGAAUAAUUUGGUCCUUUAGGUAUAUGAAAAUCAUUAUUGUCUCUGGU